AUGACGGUUCGCAAAACUCCCCUUAUCGCCGGACACACUACCGGCCAGUUCAGCCGGCGACCGGAACCUGCGACUGCGAUCCCGGAGAAACUCAUCAAGCCUUGGAAACUGCCCCAGCGACACACCUAUCUCUUCAUAAACGCAAAUGUCAUCGACACGGCCGAAGGAACCGUCGUAGAGAACAGUGCGGUGAAAAUCCGUAACGGGCUGAUCGAAAGGGUGGGAGCCGAUGCAGUAGCUAAUCUGGAUGAUGCUAUCGUCGUCGAUCUGAAGGGUAAAUAUCUGCUUCCAGGCUUGAUUGACUGCCAUGUGCAUGUCAGUUCAGUUCCCGGGGAGGCUGGUCUCAAUGGCGGCUUCGACAUGGAUGCGACGGUCUCACACCUCCGCCAAUCUUUUGUCGUCGGUCGUAUUCUGAGCAAAGGCUUCACCACGGUCCGCGACACGGGUGGCGCGACUCUCGCAUUGAAAGAAGCCAUACAAGACGGCGUUUUCCCCGGGCCGCGCUUAUUUAUUGCCAAUCAGGCGCUGUCCCAGACAGGAGGUCAUGGCGACCGGAGAGGCGCUCACGACCACCAAAAGCUGUGUUGCGGAAGCACAGCCGGUCUCUCGGCUGUCGUUGAUGGCGUUCCGGAGUGCAUCAGAGCUACCAGAGAGCAGCUGAGGACCGGCGCAGACUUUAUCAAGAUCAUGGUUGGUGGUGGCGUUGCGUCUCCAACCGAUAGGAUCGAGAAUGUCCAGUUCACUGCCGAUGAGAUAAAAGCCAUCAGCGAAGUUGCGCGGAGUUACGGCACCUGGGUGACGGCUCACGCGUACACGCCUCGUGCUAUCCGCCACGCGGUCGAGAACGGCGUCACUGGAAUCGAGCAUGGUAAUCUUAUCGACAAGGAGACGGCGGAGUUCAUGGCCAAGAGGGGCGUCUGGCUGACACCUACCCUUGUCACGUACGACGCCAUGGGGUCUGACAAGUACACCGGUUUCCUGCCCCCCGAAAACCAGCGGAAAAACCAAGAGGUUCUGGAGAAGGGGCUGGAGUCUUUGCGACUCGCCGCUGACGCCGGUGUCACCAUAUGCCACGGGUCGGACCUGCUCGGGCCUUUGCAGGCCGAACAGAGUAGAGAGUUUGGCAUCCGACAGCGGGCACUCAGCAAUAAGCAGGUGUUACAGUCUGCGACGGUUAAUUCAGCCAGGAUGCUUCGGCAGGAAAACUUUCUCGGUCAAAUCAAGGCUGGUUUUGCUGCAGACUUGUUAAUUCUGAACGGAAACCCCUUGGACGACGUCUCCAUCUUGGAUGAGCCGGAGAAGAAUGUACUGGCAGUUAUCAAGGAUGGCAGAGUCUACACAAGUCGCUGGAGCAAGUUGCCAGAAGACGUCAGCGAACCCCCUGCGCUAAUUGAAUAA